AUGGCCGGUCCGGGUGGUGGGCCUUCGCGCCGCAGUCACACCAAGUCCCGCAAGGGCUGCAAGACGUGCAAAAAGCGUCACAUUCGCUGUGAUGAGACAUUCCCGCAAUGCCGCAACUGCACCAAGCACCAAGUCCGCUGUGACUACAACGAUAGCCCCGCCUCAGCUGCUCCGGACAGCCCCAAGGGCCCCCAACAACCAAACCUCCUCUGGACCUCGGAGAUUGAGGCCACAAUCGAGAAUUGGCGCCAGACCGGCGAGUUCCCUUUCCCCGAGCUGAAUGUCUACCCCCAUCCGCAAUGGCACCUCUACUCGAAGACGGACCUGCGCCUCAUUCACCAUUUGUCCUCAAUUUCCAAUGAGACGUUUCGUGCCAACACCUGCAAGUUGACCGUCUGGUCGGAAAAUAUGCCGAAUGGCUGGGGCAGCUUCGUAUUCGCCUGUGCAGCGACUGACAGACUCGGCAGGUUCUUGAGCAUCGCCUCCUCCUAUCCCUUCGUCAUGCACUCCAUCCUGGCCUUCUCCGCGUCGCAUCUGGCCUGGAUAUCGCAGUCGACCGAGACGCGAAACCUCGCCUUUCACCAUGGUGGCAUCGCGCUGAAGGGGCUGCAUGAGGCCAUCGGCAACUUCUCCAGGGCAAAUUCGGAUGCGGUCCUCGCGUCUUCGCUGCUGCUGUCAUGGCAAGCCACGGAAUGGCGAGGAUGGGCGUCUCUCAUGACAGGCAUCAAGACGAUCGUCAACGCCAUGCAACCCUGGAGACAUGAAUCAGCGUUUGCGGAUUGCAUCGCGGAACACGGAUCGACCUUUUCGCAGAACUUCACCAAUUCGGCCGGCUCCUUCAUGACACCAGAUGCGCGCCGCGAACACCUCUCGACCCUGCAACUCGUCCACGGCUCCAUUCAGCGGCUGCAGAUGCAACCCCACCUGGCGCAUUACGAGCAGGAGAGGAAGUGGCUGGAGCAGCUCAAGGGCUACAUAGAACGGCUGAGGUUAUCGAGUCCGCCGCAGACGCCGGAGGAACAGUUCACACAGCUUUACGCGCUCCGUAAAUGGCUCUUCUGGGUGCCCAUCUCGCUACUUUCGGCUCGAAGCGGUGAUCUGAACGUCUUGGUCGUGCUCUCGUACUUUUACGCCGUCGCGGUUGCCAUCGAGCCCAUCUUCCCCGAUAUUGGCGCGUCUUUUUGCGCCGAUAACGCGUUGCUGCCGCUGGAGGAGAUCAACCGGUACAUGGACACAUUGCAGGCAACGCAGGGCUACUCGCAAGCCGUGCAGACUGCGGUAUACCUGAUGGACUUCCCGCGCGAAGCCGCGACGUCCUACCGCACCCGCCGUGAUUGGUCGCGCCAGCAAACGGAUGACAUGCAGCACCUGCAACACAGCCCAUACGGCCUGGAGACGCUGAACCUGGAUCUUGAAAAUCAGAUCCAAGAGUACGGAUACGGCCAGAGCCUCAGCCCUGCAUUUGCCCCGUCGCCGCUGCACAUCCUGCCCUCUGGGCUGAUGCCGGAGCUGAGGUCACCAUAUUUGGAGGUGCCCCGCUCAGCGAUCGACUACCGCUCGAACAGCGCCUACUCGUCGCCGCUCGGAUCGCCAGCGGCGCCUCCGCUCGGCUACACGCAAGACGACAACAUGUUCAAUUUUGGCGGGAUGGGGCUUGGGUACUCCGGCGGGUUCGUGGCCACCACUCCUCCGACGGUAUGGACUUAA